CCAUACUGUCGAAUGCAUAUGGUCUGACGCACGCCUGUGUGUUCCUUUAUGCUUGCUUCUUUUUCGCUUGAAUGCGCCGCAAGCACGCACGUCCAUCAUCAGGACGGGGAGGGGGAUAACAUACAAAAACUACACAUUCGGACAGGUCACGGGAGAGGGGGAGAGGAGAAUAGAGAGGGGCGCGAGACUAUCGCUUAUAGUCCAGUCCAAGGUGUCGGUCGGAUUCACAGUCAAUCCAUUAUUGAUUCACCGGACCCAACGGACUGAAGAAAGGAGCGAAGAGGAGGGGAGGUGGAAAAGGGAUCCCCAUCCCUUCCCUCCAGUUAAAGCGCAAUGAGGAUGUGAGCAACAAGUUACUAAGAACUGUAGCUUACUCGACUGAAGGAGAGGCAAAUGACAAGUAAGCAGAUAACGGAGUAGUCUCGAGAGCUAGAUAGGCUCUUUUCCCUGCGCCAUGGGAAUCCUCCAACUGCUAUUCGCUGGCAUGAUUCUCCGUGGAACCGAGCUGAAUUGGAUGCCAGUGCCCGCGCAGCAGCCGGUGGACCUGCUAGUACUUCGAUUCUUCGACCCUUCGCUCGAUCUGAAACUUCACUUGCUCCCCCUCCCCCUUUUGCGGAGAGGCAAAGUUGCAGCUCCAACUGCCGAGAUUUUACUGUUUUCUCUUAUCUAUCAUCAAGCGCUCAAUCCCACUUCGCCUUGGACCCAGAGGGAAAGACGCGCACUGACUUGGGCCCGUCGCUCCCCCAUCUUCCUCCGGGAGGGCGCUGGAUCCGACAUCGAUCCGAUCUGAUGAACUUAAGGCUCCCCCUCCGAUCUAUUGUACCAGAUUUUCGGAUGAUCAAUUAUGGAUCCGGGCUUGUUUGUUUGCGGUUUGUGGCGUACGGUAACUUUUUUGUAGAUAUUUGGUCACGAUAUCCGAAGGGAUUGCGCCGUCGUCCGGGAGGGACAGUUGUAGAAAGGUCUCUCUCUACCAACCCAGCUCGUGAUAUCGGGUUUCGCUUGCAAAUUGUCUGUUCAAUCAUUAGACAGGGCAGUGUUGUACCUGGAUUCGCACCGACGCGCGCUUAAGUGUCAGUGACUCCAGGAAUAAGCUUAGUGCCAGACCGCUAGGAUUAUCCGCC